CCGGCAGCAAGAGUGAAAAUUAAUUAGUGCUGUUAUAAAUAAAGCAUAACCAUUGGGCGGCCAAACCAUUUGACAUUCAGUCCCCCGUCAGACGCGGGACAGACAAGUGCGCGAAGAGUGACGAAUGCUGGCCGAAAACCAAAAAAAGUAUCUAACAGCCAGUCAGCCGAGCAAAAGGAAACAAACUGAAAGCAGAUAACAGAAAGCGUAAACCGUAAACCGGAAUCAAAACAAAAAGUAAAAGAUUCAAACCAAAAAACCGAAUCGUUUCGGCGCCGGCUAAAUCAAAUCAUUCGUCAGUCACGUGACUACGUUGCGGCCAAUUUUCGAGACUGGGCUUUGCGCACCCCACUAUAAAUACCUCUAGGUCCAUGCCAAAAUAGUCCCAAUAUCAAAUUCAACGAGACGCAUCGGAUUUCUCGCUAAUUACCAUUGGUGACACUUUUCCUUCGCGAUUGACUAAGGGUGGCAAACAACCGACGCUCCACAAAAGCCACAUCACAGAGGAGCCUACUAAUCAUCCAGACUCCGGAGCAGGAGCGCCCUCCGCUGGAAUUUAAUUAACCUGGCAACGCGGCGCAAAAUUAGCAUAAAUCAUUUAAUUAAAGCAGGAGCAGAAGCAACAGCAACAUGGCCAAGGACCUGAGCACUCUGGGCUGGGAUUAUCUGAUGUUUGUAUUGUUUAUAGCCCUCACCGUUUUGGGGCCGCUGUGGAAACGCAUUUUUGGCAAAAAGAAGCAGCGCAGCAAGGCCGAUUAUGUUUUUGCCACCGGAGGAGUUUCAAUAGUGGCAGUGAUGAUUUCUAUAGCCCGAGGAACCUUGGGCGUUAGAUCUGUGCUCGGCUAUCCCAGUGAGUUGUACUACCGCGGCUCAUCCAUGUGGGAGAUAAUCUACGGCAUGAUGAGCGCCUAUCCCAUCGUCUGCUUCAUGUUCGUGCCGGUCUACUUUAAUCUGGGCAUCACCUCCGUCUAUCAGUACAUCGAUCUCAGGUUCAAGAGUCGCACGGUGAGGUGCCUGGCCUCGGCGACGUAUAUUGUGCGACAGAUCUGCAACCUGGGCAUCACCGUCUACACGCCCAGCGUGGCCCUCUCGACGGUGAUUGGCAUACCCUACUGGGCCUCCAUCGUGGGCAUGGCCAUCAUUUGCAUAUUCUUCACCAUUAUGGGCGGCCUGAAGGCGGCUAUCAACGCGGAUGUCAUCCAGACAUUGACCAUCCUCGUUGUCACCGUGGCCGUUUGCAUCCAGGGCACCAUCUCCACGGGCGGCGUGAAGAGGGUCUACGAACUAAAUCGGGACAAUGGACGACUCAACUUUUGGAACUUCACGGGCGACAUGACUGUCAGGGUAGAUACCACCUCCGCUUGGCUGGGGCAGCUGUUCAUGUCCCUCUCCCAGAUCGGUUGUCAGCAGAACUUUAUGCAGCGCUAUGUCAGUCUCAAGUCGCUGAAGGAAGUGCGUCGAGUAAUGCUGACCAAUGUACCUCUGGUGUUUUUCUUCUUCUCCCUCUCCUGGGUCUCGGGGAUGGUCAUCUACUCCUCGUACAUCAACUGCGAUCCCUAUGCCGAGGGCUACAUCAAGAAACCCGAUGAGAUUCUGCCUUUCUUUGUGGAAGACCAGCUGGGUUUCCUGCCGGGCUUUGUGGGCGUCUUCAUGGCCACUCUUUUUAAUGGAGCCCUUUGCAUAAUGGUGUCUAAUUUGAACUCCCUGGCAACUGUUGUUUGGGAGGACUUCGUUUCACAGUUUCCCAAGUUCAAGGGACUUUCUGACAAGCAGCAGCUGGGAAUUCUGAAAAUCAUCACCGUGAUCUGUGGACUGAUAAUUAUGUGCGUGGCUUUUGGAGUAGGCUUGUUGGCCGGCGUCAUUGAAUCCUCGCUACUGGUGUUCUCGGCCACCUCGGGUCCUCUGUUGGGGUGCUUCAUCCUGGCCAUGAUGGUGCCCAUUGCCAACUGGAAGGGCACUUCCGCCGGCAUGGUCACUGCCUGCGCCUUUGUGCUGUGGAUCAUCGGCGGAGGCAUGACCAUCACCAAGCCCAAUCCCAUGCUGCCCACUAGCACAGAUGGCUGCUCCAACGACACCUUCUCGCAGUCCAUUGGCAAGCCCAUUAUUGAGCCCGGGCAAAUGCCCUGGCUGCUGACGCACACGCCUGUUGAUGGCUACAACCAGAGCUUUGUGGCCACGCCGCCCACCAUUGCACCUGAGAGAUCCGGACUGGAGAGCUUCUACUCGAUCAGCUUCAUGUACUACAGCUUGAUUGGAACUGCCUUGACCGUGAUCAUUGGCACAGUGAUCAGUUUGAUGACGCAGCACCCGGAUGACGCCUACGACGGCAAGCUGCUGCACCCGCUAAUCUUCCGCUUCUGCGAGCGCUUCUCCGGCCGGAAACCCUACUACGUGAAGCACGAAGAGGAGUCUGGCUUGAAUGGUCGCAGCAGUAGCGAUUCCUCGGCCACGACAACGACCUGCAAGGAGGAGAAGGUCAAUCAUGGCUACGAGUCCUCGCCGGAGGAGAAGGAGAAGAGCAGUCCCAUUGCCGUGGUGUUCACGACCACCUCGGAAGGCAAGGGAGCUGCGGAUCAGCAGUCCAUAUGCGACAGCAGUAGGGUCCAACUGGAUAUCGUGCCGGGCGAGGGCGAGACGGGCGUGUAUCGCCAACUGGCCGGCCGAUCUGCGCUCUAAGGGUUAACUUAGGACUACCUAUGCAUAAGUAGAUAGUUAGCCCCUCCAACUUAGUCUGUAGAACGUAAGCUAAGCCCUAGAAUAGACCAAUUAGUUAGCCAAGUGUUUCACGUCUAUAAAGAUGCUGUGAUUUCUGUGCGCGACUGUUGUUGAGCAAUUGCUCGCGCAUUUGUAGCGACUCGAGUUUCAUUCGCAUGUACUUACCGCAUGAGUGUGUGCGUGGCAGCGUGCAAUAAAUAAAGACAAACAAAGGUAUUUUUAUACAAAAUCACACGAAAA